GCUACAAAAACAGAUGGUUCUGUCGAAAACAUACUUUUGUCCUAAUACUCGCACCUCGGCAGUACUAGAGAUCGAUCGUUCAUCGUAAUCCCGCGGCUAAACAUUCAACUGUUAUCAGACCGUUGAACCAGCGAGCAGUUAAUUCCGAGCUUGGAGAGUAAUAGAAAUCACUUAAAGGGUAGACACAGAGCGGAGACUAUAGAAUAUAUUUGCUUAACCACUUAAGAACUGCGAAUGGCGUGACCGUUUAGUAUUAGUGUCUGAAGUUUUGAAGACGACAGUGGUGCUAAAUGUGUCUCUUUAAAGAUGUCUGAUGGAUUAUAUACUUCCUGCUAAAAAUCAGUCUGGUUGAUAUCUAUUUAUCUGGAAACAGGAAUUAUAAGUGAAACUUUUUUGUGACAUUUAAAACGAUGGAAGAACAUCAGACUAUGCCAUCACUGAAGAAGGAGUUACUUCCCUUGCCGGACCUUUCCAGGAGGCGUUCACAUUCCGACGCGUCCCAGUACAGACAAGCAAGACGAAACUCCAAAAGUACUAUUCCUGACAUCAAAAUCACAAACGAUGACUCUUCAGAGUUAAGUCUUGAUGAAAUAGAGGACGAAUUUGAGCUUGAUUUUACCCUACCAAUGAGACCAAGGGCAAACACAUGCCCUAACGAUCUGUUCCAACGACCCAAAUCAAAUCGACCUCCUACCCCACCCCCGAUUGAGGGCAAGAAAUUGACAUGGAAAGAAAUGACCCAGAGUCCAAGGCAUGAAAAGGUGACAUUUGCAAAACAUAAACUUACAAAAGUUUCUGAAGACACAGAAGACAAGUUUAAACCGGAUGUGGUUCUGACCAUUACUGAAAUGAGCUCUUGUGUAUCAGAAGGUGCUAAAGUCAACGGUUCCGUUUCUCCAUCCCUGACCAGGACUAUUGGAUUAUCGGAAAAUGGAUAAUAAUUUUCAUAGCAUUUUUGACGACGUUAAUAUACUUUUUUGGAUAUUUGCCGUCUCCGGUUAAAGUUUUUGUUUUCCUAAAUGGAAUAUUGAAAUGACAUGAUAUACAUGGAUAUAUCUUUAUACAUAUACUUAAACCAGUGACAAUUAGAUGUUAUAGUGGUACAGAAAGGUAUGAACCUACCUUCUUUAUUUUUUUAAAUAUGCUGAAUGUUUAUCAAAUAAAGUCAAGUCAAAGAAAA